ACUAAAUUAUGUUUUAUUAGCAUUACCAUUUAAUAAUUUUAUCGCCAUUAGGUAGCCAUGGUGACGUCAGACAAAGUAAGCUAUUAAACCGAUUACGAGGUCCAAUGAGAUACAUGCGUACAACAUGCAGAGAUUUCGGUCAAAUUCAAGUCAUUAACACCACUCUUUAAGGACAUUGCUGACUAGCUUAUCAAAACUUUAAGUGGACCGMGAAAGACAGUACAACUUCACACAACAUAUGGCAAAUGAAAAACAGAAAGCACGACCUUCAAUGAGAGCUGUUUUGAAGGAGUUCUCUGAAAACACAACAGCGCACGGCAUAAGCCAAAUUCAYAUYGCUAAUAAUUGGUUUUGGAGGGUCAUMUGGGUACUUGCUUGUGGUGCUGGUGCUGGGAUGGUGAUAUGGCAAAGUGCUCAACUUGUUGAAACGUAUUUGAAUAAGCCAACGAAGACGACAAUAGAAGUCGCUUAUUCACAGGCAGUUAACUUCCCAAUGGUAACAGUAUGCAAUUUGAACACAAUAAAAAGGGYCCAUUUGAAGGACUUCCCAAUGGUAAAGCAUGUAUGGGCASAGUACGACGGGAUUAAAAAUUCGAAUAAAUCUGUGAAUGCGUCACAAUUCAUUACAAAUAGYGGGAUGAAAGAUGCCAUCAAAAAAGGUAUCACGAGGCARAGCGGAGGAAAAGCUGAUGAAUCAAAAAUGGACGAUGUUACCAUYGACGGAGAAGAAUAUGUAAAGGACAAUAUAUUGAACCUCAUUAAUGGGGAGAGCAAAAAUAAACUUGAGCGUGCUGGACAUUCAUUUGAGGAAUUGAUAUUUCGCUGCACGUGGAAUGGCUUUUCCUGUAAACAAGGUGACUUUGUGCAGUAUUGGCGACARMMYUGGAACUGGAGAUAUGGUAACUGUUWUACAUUCAAUUCAGGAUCAAAUGAGAACGGCACUGCAMUACCAGUCAUGUCAAUAACUAAACCUGGACCACUGUUUGGUUUAAGUUUAGAUCUAUUCGUCAACCAGGAUGAAUAUUUUGGUGUUUUGAGCCAAGAAGCCGGAGUAAARAUUCUACUGACAGACCAAAACCAAAUUCCCUUCCCSACCACCCAAGGGUUCACAGUUGCACCUGGGUCCUCGUCAUCUGUUGGUGUCAGAAAGUAUAUUAUCGAGCGUAUCGAUCCGUUUAAUAAUGGAAGCUGUUAUUCAGGCGAUGCGCCCGAAGACGACUCAAUAUACAAAGAAAUGAAGGGAACCAAGUAUUCAGUACAGGGAUGCAUGAAUUCGUGCCUUGCAAAGGAACAAACAAAACGCUGUUCUUGCACAGAAGGAAAGUUCCGAUCACAAAAAGAAGAAAACAUCUGCAUGAAUAAGACACAAGUUGAAUGCAGGAUCGAUGUUAUAAAAGCCUACCAAAAUAACACAUUGGGCUGCACAGACAAAUGUCCCCAAGCGUGUUACCACUCUUCUUACAGAGUAAGUGUCUCGACGGCCCAAUGGUCGGAUGCUUAUGAGAAAGAUUUCUUAAGGAAAAUCGAGAAAUCAGAUCGUGGCAAACAUAACAAGAAACUUGGAAAAGAUAGUUCUGAAAUGAAGAAAAACUUCCUUCGGGUCAAAAUCUACUUCGAAGAACUAAAUCUUGAGAAAAUUACAUACUCAAGAUCAUAUCAGAUCGAGGACCUUUUGUCAGACAUUGGUGGUCAGCUUGGCUUGUGGAUUGGCAUAUCGGCACUGACUUGUUUUGAAAUCAUAAAACUGAUUCUAGACUUAACAAAGUGUUUGGUUAGAAAGUUUUUCUGGAUGAACCAAMAAAGAGAAGUUGGAACUGACAGCAUUCCAAUGUGAAGGCGAUCAAGAGAACCAGAUAAACUGAGAUAUCUAUCUAAUUUACAAUCAGCUGACAUAAAAAACAACGACAACAAACAAACGGACAGACAGACAGACA